AUGGCCUCUCACAACUACUACGGCACGCCGCCGCCCCAGCACCAAAACUACGGUGUCCCCAAUCCACAGCAGCCGGCCGCACAGUCGGCUUCUUCACCCUACUACACUCCUUACGACGCAGCCUCGACAGUCUCUUCCUACCCGCCUUCGUACGCGCCCUAUUCCUCACAGCAGCACCUGACCAGUGCUCCUCAACGGCCGCCGCAGAGCGUGUCGCCCGUGUCGCCCUUCGAGACGCCCUUCGAUGACCAUGUAUACCCGACCAACUCACGGCAACCGGGCGGCGCGUCCGCCCAAAGCCUGCCUCAAGACACUGGCUACCACGGCCUAGGUCGGACGCCGUCCGAGGACCAAAUGAUGGCGAAUCAGGAUGGCAUCCCCCUCCAGAACCGGCCCACCAAGGAUCUCGAGGGUAACGAUCACGUCUACGAGGUGCCUCGGGGCACCAACAGGGCGCACAAGGGCAAGGUCCGGUUUGGCGAGCUGGGCAUGUUUGGGGCGGGACAGAAGAAGAUUACAUUUGUCGUCUACUUCUUCACGCUUGUUCAGGUCGCAGUGUUCCUCGCCGAGGUCAUCAGGAAUGCGCAACUGACCGGCUCGCCCAUCAUGAUCAAGCCUCAGUUCAACCCCAUGAUUGGCCCCUCUAGUUACGUGAUGAUCAACAUGGGAGCGAGAUUCACCCCUUGCAUGCACAACAUUCCCGACCUCCAGGGCGGUUCGGGUCCUGUCUUUUGGCACUGCCCCAAUUCAACGACUGACGACACGGACGAUCCGCGCAACAAGUGCACGCUCUCCGAGGUUUGCGGCUUUGGCGGCGUCCCCAACCCCGUCUACAACAACAAGGACCAGUCGCCCGAGCCUAACCAGUGGUUCCGCUUCAUCAUCCCCAUAGUCAUGCAUGCCGGUAUCAUCCAUAUCGGCUUCAACCUAGUCCUCCAGCUGACGCUCGGACGAGAUAUGGAAAAGGCCAUUGGCUCCAUCCGCUUCUUCCUGGUCUACAUCUCGGCGGGGAUCUUUGGCAAUGUUCUGGGUGGCAACUUUGCGGGCGACGGCCUGGCCUCGACGGGUGCCUCGGGCGCCCUCUUCGGCAUCAUCGCCCUGACCUUGCUUGACCUGUUGUACUCUUGGAAGGAUCGACGCAACCCACUGAAGGACCUGCUCUUCAUCGGGCUCGAGAUCGUCAUCUCGUUCGUCCUGGGUCUGCUCCCAGGUCUGGACAACUUUGCCCAUAUCGGCGGUUUCUUCAUGGGCCUGGCCCUAGGCAUCUCGGUGCUGCACUCGCCCAACGCGUUGAGGCGCAGAAUUGGGGAGGAUGCCUCGUACGCGUCUGUCAAUGCCGGAUACCUCAGCCGCGAGACGCCUUCAUUCAUGCGGAACCCCAUCGGCUUCUUCAAGGGCCGCAAGCCGCUGUGGUGGGCGUGGUGGCUUGUCCGAGCGGGCUUUGUUGUGGUGGUUGUCGUUGUCUUCAUCCUGCUAUUGAACAACUUCUACUUCUACCACCACACUUGCAGUUGGUGCAAGUACCUUAGCUGCAUUAAUGUGAACAACUGGUGUGACAUGGACAAACUGCAGUUCACACCCAAGGGAUCGAAACGGGCCCUCGAGUUGCUGAUGUCUGGCACCGAGCAGAUGAGCAAGCGUUUGUCUUGA